AUGUUCAUCGGUUACAGGUACUACUGCGUACAACAGAUAUACGUUGGUAUCAUCCAGAUUAUGAAAUCUGCCACAAGGUCUAAAAGUGCAGAAAUUUUCAAAUUUUUAUUGACCAACGGAGUCGACAUUAAUACCGCUAAAAAAAGAGGUCCGAACAUUUUGCAAGCAGCUUUACUUUGGAGCCCGAUUGAAACGGUCGAGCUUGUGAUACAAAAAUUACACUUGGACUGUGAAAAUCAAGACGCCUUCAAAGCUAUCGAUGAUAUUCAAAAAUGCCACAAAAUUGUGAUGUUCUUAUUGGAUAAAAAAAUAGAUAUCAAGUAUCCCAAAUCGAAGUUUUCUCUUCUGCUUUCUUUCGCCCUGAAGUUCGGAGAAGAAAAAACCUUCGAAUUAGUUUUACAGAAUAAAGGCCACGACUUUGAUAUCGAUGCAGUAAGUCCAUAUGAUAAGAAUUGCAUGCUUCAUCGUGCUAUUCUUUUAAACAAAAUUCCGCAAGUGCAUCUUCUUCUUGCUUAUGGUGCAAAUAUUGAAUUGGAAGAUAGCUGUGAAUUCACUCUACUUGCACGAGCAUGUCAGAAAGGUCGAAUGAAUCUAGUAGAACUUCUGGCAGACUACGGAGCCAAUUUCAAUAGUAAAAAUAAACGUACCAUGCUUCACCAUGCUGUUAUUGGUGCCAAUAUUGAGAUCAUUGAUCUUUUGAUACGUAUGGGCCUUAACAUUAAUGCCGAAAACGAUUAUAGUGAGCCACCACUCUGUCAUGCAACCAAGGGAAAUGCUAAAGUUCAAUCAGUGCCAUUGAUAGAAUUUCUAAUAGACAACGGCGCUAAUUUCGAUCUUAGUUUGCUUCUAGAUUACGAUACGCAACAUCCUGAUGUUGUCGAACUUUUAUUGGAAUUGAGUGACAAUUUUAAAGAUAAGGACAUCCGAGGAAUUCUACCGCUUCAAUUUUUCCUCGAAUUUGCAAGAAAAAUAACGAUUAAUACUGAGCUUCUUAUUGCUUUCAUGACUACAAAUCAAAUUAAUAUUAAGAAUGCGCUAAAGAACUGCUAUUAUCUUCAUUUUAAUGGAGCUAGAGUGGACCAGUUUUACCAGAAUUGCAAACUUGAAGUUUCGCGAAUGAAAAACGUCAAAUUCAAUGAGGAUGAACCUUUUUCCUUAUACGAUUUUCUAACCGGUGACUUAAUUCUUUCCUUCACCAUUCCGCUUCCUCCUUCCUUCUAUACUUCACCAUCUUACCCAUGA